AUGGAAUUUCCGGUGGAUUCGUGGUGUUAUUUGCUCUUCUACAUCAAUUUCCAAAAGUUAGACGGUAACUUGAAGAAACAUUUUGAAGACAAGCACGCCGACAAAGAAUUACCCACUUUCGCGGACCUCAUAAAGUUUUUGGAAACUGAAAUACGGAUUUUGGAAUCCAGUGUGGAACCACAGGCCAGUGCGUCGGCGGGAAGGCGUAUUGGUGGUGGACAGAGCCAGGCGGUAAAGGCUCAUGCGGCAUUUCAAGGUGCAGGUUCGGCGUCGACGUGUCGGUUAUGCGGAAAAAGCGGACACUUUAUUGCGAAGUGUGAGAAAUUCCUGGAGAUGAAGCCUGCAGCUAGGAAGCGUCAGGUCGUUUCACUUAGAUUGUGCUUCAAGUGUUUGAACGGUCACAACAUUGAUAAAUGCACUUAUAACAAGAAUUGUUACAAGUGUAAUUCGGCUAAACACCAUUAUUUAUUGCAUUUUGAUAUUCCGGCAAGUAGUUCAGAUCGUGAACAACGUUUGACGUCAAACGUGGCUACAAAUGGGAAGUCUCACAAUUCUGCCUCGUCCUUUCCAAGUGUUCCUGUUGUCAGUGCACCCUUAACCAGCGGCAAUCCAGAAGGUGCGGUUCCUGGAGUCUCUGGAUUGAUGGCAUCACAGGCAAAGAAACCAAAGGUGUUACUUGCGACGGCAAUAAUAAGAGUUCUGGAUAGCAGUGGACGCUACCAGGAGGCGCGGGCCUUACUGGACGGAGGGAGCGAGAGCACAUUCAUAUCGGAGUCUUGUGUGCAGAGGUUAGGCUUAGAGCGGUUUAAGCCUGAUGACUCAAUCACAGGACUGGGCUGUACUCCUAUAACCGGUUGUAGGGGAGCAGUUAAUCUGACCAUGACACCUAGGCUGACGGAUCAGCCAGUGCUGGUGACCACGGCUAAUGUCUUAAAUAAAAUCAGUUAUAACCUGCCUGGAUAUUCGUUGCCGGCUCAGUUGGCGGAUAAUUAUCGGGGACUGGAUCUUGCGGAUGAACAGUUCUUUGUGAGUCGAGAGAUUGAUAUUUUAUUAGGUGAGGAUUUACUUUGCGACAUUGUACUCAGCGGACGCAUCAAAAUCCAUGAUCACAUUCCACGGGUGACAAAAACGGUGUUCGGACACGUUUUGUCAGGUCCUGUUAAUAUUGGAGUUUCCCUUCGAGUUCCUUGUGCGUCUCAGGCCUUUUUCUGUAGCACAAGCACAGAUCGGAUCUUAGAACGGUUCUGGGAGGUUGAAGACAUCCCGUUUAAGGCGGAAAACCCUAAAGAUCUUGAAUGCGAGACCAUUUUUAGAGAUACCCAUUCACGGACUGAAGAGGGUAGAUACUCAGCACGGUUGCCUUUUAUAUCGGACGCCCUUGAACUCGGUAACACUGUACCCAUAGCUAUGAAGCGGUUUUUAGCUAUGGAGAGGCGGCUUCUCGCAAAAGGCAACGAGGUUUUCAGGGAGAAGUACACGGAGUUUAUGCGGGAGUACGCCGAAACAGGACACAUGUCACUGUGUGAAGGGGAACCAAACGACUACGCCAGUGGUAGUUACAUUAUACCUCAUCAUGGAAUUUUUAAAAAGGAUUGUGAUAAGAUUCGCGUAGUUUUUGACGCUAGUUGCGCAUCUACUAAUGGUGUUGCGCUAAAUGAUUGUUUGCAUGCGGGUCCAAAACUACAGCGGGAUAUCGCGGAAAUUAUAUGUAGGUUUAGGCUACAUCGUUACGUGUUUACAACGGACAUCAGGAUGAUGUUUAGACAGAUUUUGAUUGCUGAGGAGGAUCGGCGUUUCCAGCUCAUUUUCUGGCGGGAGUCCCCAGACUUACCUUUGCGUGUGUAUCGGCUAAAUACCGUAACAUACGGAAUGAAGUCAAGCCCAUACCUUGCGAUUCGGACGCUAAGGCAGUUGGCAGAUGACGAAGAGAUGCAGUUUCCUGCUGCGGCACAACUUCUGCGGUCUUCGGUGUAUAUGGAUGACAUUUUAGGUGGAGCCGAUUCCAUAGAAGACGCAAGCAAGUUGAAGCAGGAACUGACGGAUUUACUACGCUCUGGCGGUUUUGAGCUUAGUAAAUGGACGUCAAGCAGUAAGGAAGUCUUACAGGACAUAGCAGAGGAGCAUUUAGAAAAACCUCGCAAAAUAUUUGACAAUGCGGAUGGGCCUAGUUUCUAUAAAAUCCUAGGCGUUCAAUGGGAUUCUAGCAGUGACUGUUUCUCAUAUCGUACGAAGCUGGAUGACACUAGCGGAUGUACUAAACGGUCAAUCUUGUCAACUUUAGCUAGGGCAUUUGAUCCUUUGGGGUGGAUCUGCCCAGUAAUCUUUCAGGGCAAGGUCCUCAUGCAGCAACUCUGGCUGAAAAAUAUGUCAUGGGAUGCGAAAGCUCCUGAUGACGUAGUUGCGGAAUGGCAAGGCAUUUUAAAAGAUAUGCCUCUUAUUUCAAAUCUGCGGUUGGAACGCUUUGUCUUAUUAGACGUCAAAUCGUGUUCUCUGCAUGGUUUCUCAGAUGCAUCAGAACUUGGGUAUGGUGCAGCGGUUUAUCUGAGAACUGUGGGGCACGACGGAAGGGUCAAGGUUAGUUUGAUGAUGGCAAAAUCACGAGUCUCGCCGGUGAAAUCAAAACUAACUAUUCCGAAACUUGAAUUAAGCGGUGCGGCGUUGCUAGUCAGACUAUUGAAAUACGUUGUUGCUGCAAUCAGUGAUGACCUGACGAUAGACGGAAUCUUCGGAUGGUGUGACAGCACUAUCGUUCUCUCGUGGUUGAAGACAUCGCCACAUUUGUUGCAGACUUUUGAGGGCAAUCGAGUUUCUCAGAUUAUAAAUUGCGGUUUAAACAUAGCCUGGAGACACUUACCUUCAGAAAUGAACCCUGCUGAUGUCGCGAGUCGCGGUUGUCGCGCGUCAGUGCUAUUGGAGCAUCCUUUAUGGUGGGGACCUCCUUGGUUGUCAGGUGAUGCGGAGACCUGGCCCAGGAAUAUAAUGGACAAGGCGGAAGAUCCGUUACCUGGAUUGCGGAAAGUGAAGGUAAAUGUUCAGGCUCUGGUCGGGAUUGUUGACAAGGAUAAUAUUUUUACGCGGUUUAGUUGUUUAAAUAUGCUAUUGACGGUCGUAGCAUAUUGUUUCCGGUUUGUCAACAAUGCCAGGCCUUUGUCCGAGAAACUUAAGGGGGUAUUAUCAGUCCCAGAGCGACGGUUCGCUUUGCAGCGGUUAAUCAAAUUGGUUCAGCAGGAGGAGUUUGCGGACGAUAUCCACUGCUUAGACCAGAAUAAACAAUGUUCCAAGCGGCUACGUCGGCUUUUGCCGUUUAUUGCGGAUGACGGUUUAUUGCGCGUUGGAGGUCGUUUGGAGCAUUCAAGUGCCAACAGAUACUUGGAUGAUGUGCGGAAAUAUUUGGCUUCUGAGGAAGCACAACAAGGGCUUAGCGACGGCGCGGCCAAACAGUCUAUAACGUGGCGGUUUAAUUCGCCAGCGGCGCCACAUUUCGGUGGUCUUUUUGAGGCGACCGUAAAGUCGGCUAAGACACUAUUGCGGCGCGUCAUAGAAAUAGAAAGAAAUGACAGAGAUGAGGAUAGUCUGGUUCAGGAAACGGGGGAAAAUGAAGGGAUUAGUUUAGAAGAUAUGAGACCUUUAGCUGAAUCAUCAGAUAGAGUGGAAGUAACUGCACAACCACAAUUGUAUGAAAGCAUCCCUGAAACGCAAUCAUCGCAAGAGACUGGCUUGGAUCUGAGACGGUCUACGAGAAUCAGGAGAGCUCCUGAAAAAUUAGAUUUGUAA